AUGUGUUCGAUAGCACGUAGCCGAGUUCUGCUUGCUCCAAAAGUAAUUGCUCCCAAGCAACUUAUUCCUGGAGCUGUGUCCUUACGGUGGUUUAGUGAUGAAGCUAAGGCAACGAAGACGCCAUUAUUCGAUUUGCACACGAAAUAUGGAGGAAGAGUCGUUGAUUUCGCGGGUUUCCUUCUACCAGUGCAAUAUUCGGAUCUAAGUUUGUCCGAAUCCCACUUGUUCACAAGAAAAAGUGCCUCAAUUUUCGACGUGUCUCACAUGCUACAGACUAAUGUUCGUGGCAAGGAUUGUUUAUCUUGGUUCGAGUCUAUAUGCCCAGUUGAUCUAAAGAGUAUGCGAGAUGGGUCCAGUUCCCUCACCGUGUUCUUGAACGACAAAGGUGGAAUUAUAGAUGACUUGAUUGUUACUAAGGUGAAUGCAGAAACUUUGUACGUUGUUUCCAACGCCGGACGAAUGAAAGUCGACAAAGAGCAUAUGAGAGAGACUUCAGAGAUAUUCAGGAAGAAAGGUAACGACGUGAAUGUAGAAUUCUGGGAGACCAGCCAGAGAGCUUUGAUUGCAUUGCAAGGACCUAAGGCAGCUGCAGUGUUACAGAAUCUCACUGAUAUUAAGCUAGAAGACUUAACGUUUAUGACAUCAAAAUUGGGCAAAGUAGCCGGUGUUGAGUGUCGUGUCACAAGAUGUGGAUACACAGGUGAAGACGGUGUGGAAAUAUCAAUACCCGCUGCAGAUGCAGAACACGUUACUGAAGCAUUAUUACAGUCCAGUGACGUCAAACUUGCGGGACUCGGAGCGAGGGACUCGUUGCGGCUAGAAGCCGGAUUAUGUCUCUACGGCAACGACAUCGAUGAAAGUGUUACACCAGUCGAAGCGAACUUAACCUGGCUUAUCGCGAAACGUAGGCGCACUGAUGACACCUUCCCAGGAUCGUCAAUAAUCUUGCGUCAGAUCAAGGAAGGCGUAUCUAAAAGACGUGUAGGGAUCAUUUUACAAAAUGGACCACCAGCUAGAAAAAGCGCUGUGUUGAAAGACGGUAAAACUUCGGAAACCAUCGGUAGCGUCACUAGCGGUUGCCCUGCCCCGUCGCUUGGAGUCAACAUUGCUAUGGGCUACGUCAGCGAAGCUCUGAAGAAGGCAGGCACGGAACUCUUAGUAAAUAUUAGAGGGAAAGACAUUCCCUGCGUCGUCGCCAAAAUGCCUUUUGUUCCUUCAAAGUACUACAUAAAAAAAUAA